ACUAUUAUUUAAAAUUUCUGUAAAAGCGCCAAAUCAAUCGUGGUUGUGGAUUCUUUUCUAAAAGCGGCAAAACUUGUGACUCUUCGAAAAUAAAGAAUUACAAAACUCGCAACGCUUGUAGGAUCGCAUAUUUUGUAGAAUACUUAAUAAUCAUGACAAACGUAGAACCUGUUAAUACAUUUAAUUUGGAUUUAUCUCAACAAAUUAGUUUUGUUCGAUAUUACCGAGGUUUACCGCAGAAAGAGAGGGAACCUCGCGAGCGGUUGUGGUUACGAUAUGACGUCAUUGGUUGUAAAUCAAAAAUGCUUGGUCCUUCAAAACCCGCAUUUAAAUAUAGAGUUCGGUGCCGACCAGUUUGUCUGAAAAUGGCGCAUAAAGCAUAUUUAACUCGCAGAGAAGUAUUAGCAGCUUGCCAUCGCCUGCACAGUCCUAAGCUAUCCAAUGAAGAAAAUCGUGCUGUUUUCGGUAAAUGUAAUCACCCUAACGGCCACGGACACAACUAUGUGGUUGAAGUAACUCUACAUGGAGAAGUAAACCCAAAAACGGGCAUGUUGAUGAACGUCACAUGUUUAAAGGAGUACAUGAAAUCCGCAAUUAUGGAUACAAUGGAUCAUAAAAAUCUAGAUAUCGAUGUUCCAUACUUUCAUGAUCAUCCUAGUACCGCAGAACAUGUUGCAAUUUAUAUAUGGCAGAAUAUGAAGAAGUACAUGGAUGACCCGAGUCUGUUAUAUGAAGUGAAGGUAUUUGAAACUGAAAACAACAUAGUGCUAUAUAGAGGAGAAUAAAUACUUUUUGCUCUUAAUACUGUCUUUAUUAAUGUGUUAUAAAUAAUGGAAUAAAGUAAGUGUUAUGAUA